CCACCCUCCCCACCACCUCCCCGCCACCCCACUCCUGAGGCUGCAGCCUUCGGCAGGGUCCCCAGCUCAUGCCAGCCUCAUUUCCUUCCUUGCUAGCCCCCAAAGGGCCCCCGGGAGACAUGGGUGGCCCGGCCCGAGAGCCGGCACUCUCAGUAGCCCUCUGGUUGAGUUGGGGGGCAGCUCUGGGGGCUGUGGCUUGUGCCAUGGCUCUGCUGACCCAACAAACAGAGCUGCAAAAUCUAAGGAGAGAGGUGGCUCGGCUGCAGAGGGCCGGAGGGCCCUCCGAGAAGGAGGAAGGGCAUCCGUGGCUGAGCCUCCGGGAGCAGAGCCCUGAUGCCCUGGAAGCCUGGGAGAAUGGGGAGAGGGCCCGGAGAAAGAGAGAAGCACUCACGCAUAAGCAGAAGAAGAAGCACUCCGUUCUGCACCUUGUCCCCAUCAACAUCACCUCCAAGGAGGACUCCGAUGUGACGGAGGUGAUGUGGCAACCGGCCCUUAAGCGUGGGAGAGGUCUGGAGGCCCAAGGAUAUGCUGUUCGAGUCUGGGACGCUGGAGUCUAUCUGCUGUAUAGCCAGGUCCUGUUCCACGAUGUGACUUUCACCAUGGGUCAGGUGGUGUCUCGGGAGGGCCAGGGAAGGCAGGAGACUCUCUUCCGAUGUGUCCGAAGCAUGCCCUCCAACCCGGACUGGGCCUACAACAGCUGCUACAGCGCAGGUGUCUUCCACCUACACCAAGGGGAUAUUCUGAGUGUCACCAUCCCCCGGGGGAGGGCAAAACUCAGCCUCUCUCCGCAUGGAACCUUCCUGGGGUUUGUGAAACUGUGAUUGGGAUGUGGAUGGUGGUGUUGAGCUCGGAAGAUGAGGGUGGGUACAAAUCGGAGACAGCCAAGAGCGAAUAGGAGCAGACGCCUCUUCUGGGUUUGACGGGAACCCUGGGUUUGACAGCUCAUCAAUCUCCGCUCCUCCCUUUUCCCGACCCACCCCCACCCCGUAGACUUUGAUUUCAUGGAUAUUAAAGUGGUGUAACAUCUUGCUUUUGUCCCCCAUCCAGCCCCAAAUUCUCGGGGCGGGGGGGGGGCAAGGGAGGGGUGGACAAUGCCAGGCCUUAUCUGGACCUACUUCGGGUCCCACUGGAAUGCUUCCAGAACAGCACCACCACCUAGCGGCAGUUUGAGAGAACCAGCCUGCGUGUCGGCACAAGUCCACGAAGCCUCCCUCCACUCGGGAAGACUCGUGGUUUCCUGUGCCACACCUCUCCCAGGUACCCGCUGCCUCCUCGCUCCACAAGAAGCCUAACCCCCACUUCUCUCCCCGGCGACGGGGCCCCAGCUUCCAGCACUGUCUCCGGGGGUGUGUUUAUUAUGCGGCCGUCUGCAGGGGGGGGCCCCGACGACGACGGUCCCUUUGCAGCCCCAUUACUGCUCGGGUGCCAAGUUCUGCCCUUCCUGCUCUCCACUCCCCUGACGUAGCGGGUCCCUCCAAGACCCUCUGGGCUGGGACGGGGGUCCGGGGAGCCUUGGGUAAAUCGUGCGCCCUGAGGCUGGCCUGCCUUCAUUCCUCUGGGCUCGCUCUUUCUGCUCAAGACCUGCUUAGACUUAAAUAAAAGAAUGAACGACUUCCA